AUCUAGCAGAGCCGAAAAGAUAUAUAUUGUUGUGAAUUAUUGUUUGCAGUUACUAAUUUACUAUAGAUCAUGAAAAAAGCGUAGGUCAUCAAUCAUCAUCAUUCCCAAAUCGAAGAACUCGAAUCGUCUAGUAACUCAACAGAAGAGAAAACAAAAAACCCUUGAUUUUUGGGAGCUUCUGAUUGAAGAGACUCUUUUUAUCUUCUUUGGAUUGUAAAGUAAGCUACCCUUUCGGCUGAAGUUUUGAUCUUUGGGGAAUUGCAAAAGUGUGGUUGGAAAAGUUAGGAGCUCUGGGAAAUGGGGAAGCCUUUGUUCUAUGAGAUCUUGGAGAAGCCAGCAACUAGUUGCAUCAUAGGAAUAUGCAGUGCUAUUUGGUUCUACAUACAGAAGAAGAAUAUUGGAUACUCACAUGUUGGUCUGAGUUAUGAGACUGCCAUUGAAGGGCAUUAUUGGAGGAUCAUCACCUCUGCAUUCUCCCAUAUAAGUGUCAUUCAUCUUGUUUUUAACAUGAGUGCACUUUGGAGUCUUGGGGUGAUAGAGGAAUUAGGGCACUUGGGUCUUGGUGUUGGGUACUAUUUGCAAUACACACUUGUAUUGGUUGUUUUAUCAGGGUUGCUGGUUCUUGGAAUGUACCACAUAUUGAUUCAGAGAUUUAAACUCGAGUAUUUUCGCCGAAUUACAGCUGUUGGUUAUUCGUGUGUUGUAUUUGGGUGGAUGACAAUUCUUGCUGUUAAGCAGCCUUCCUCAAAGUUGGAUCUCUUUGGAUUCCUUUCGCUUCCAAUCAGUUUCGCACCGUUUGAGUCGCUUGUUUUUACUUCGAUUAUUGUCCCUCAGGCAAGUUUCCUUGGCCAUUUGUCAGGAAUUGUGAUUGGAUAUGCUAUAGCAUGGGGUUUGAUUCAUGGUAUGAACAAUUACUGGGCACUCUCCUUGUUGGGUUGGAUCAUACUUGUCUUCAUCUUGAGCUUGAAGAGAUCUGGUGCUGUUGACCUCAACUUCCUUGAGAUCGAAUCAGUGACUGAUCCAUCCUUCCCGUCGGUACGGUUUUUGGGAUCAGGCAAUGGCAGAACAUUGCAGAUCAGUGCAUUGCCUAAUGGAAAUGUUGAAUUUGUCUAAUAAUAAGUUCAUAGAAAUAUAUCUUUGUGAUUUUAGAUGUUGCCUUUUGGCAUACUCAACAUGAUAACAAUGUGAUUUUAAUUCUUCCAAUAUAAAAUUUGUUCAAAGCUCCAUCAAUAUCUUCUCUUUUUUAUAGCUUGCAUCUUUGGUUAUGUGAUGAUGGAUGUUCUCAGAUGCCAUAUAUCAAUUUUGAUGGAAUGAUAGUGCUAAUUUUGUCUAA